AUGAAUUUCCGGAGCCUUCUCGACCUCUUAAUUUUGACGGAUAAGUAUGGCGCCACUAAACUCGUACGGCCGUGGAUCAAGACCUGGAUUGCCGAUGUGCAGCAUCUACUGCUAGAGCCCGCGUACGAAGAGUGGCUAUGGAUCGCCUGGGAGUUUGGCCGGCUAGCGUCUUUCCAAGAGUUAGCGGUACACUUAGUUAAGGAAGUAAGGGUGACUGCGAACGGCAGAUGCGUUACACAGAAAGGAAGGAUCCUAGAUCCGUCAGGAGAGAGCUGCCAACUACCUCCAGACAUUAUUGAAAGCAUCCUUGGUGUCCGACAACAAGUUAUCCAAAGCUUGUUUGAUAUUUUCCAACGUUUCAUCAAGGAAUUUGCCGCAGUUCGGUCUCAAAAUAUCUAUGGGACUCGCUGUAACUGCUCUAGUAUGCAAGAGAAUCAAGACGACAAGCGACAAUGUGACAUCUUAGCAUUCGGAUCCCUCACACUUUCGCUACACCAGGCUGGGCUGAGCUUGGAGAAGAGUUAG